GGAGAGAGAGAGAGACAGUUAAACAAGAAGGAUAAAAGGGAAGGAGAAAAUGGAUUCGUUUUCAACAGGUUCAAGCGGAACAGGAUCUCCCCAAUUUUCUACAGAUGAAUUCAUGGAUCAGAUGAAGGUUCAACUUGCCCAGGCUUAUGCCCAAGAAUUCCUCGAGACGGUAAGGGGGAAGUGCUUUGAAAAGUGCAUAACAAAGCCAGGCUCGAGUCUGAGUGGAAGUGAAAGUAGUUGCAUCUCUAGAUGUGUGGAUCGCUACAUUGAGGCCACCGGUAUUGUUGGCAGGGUUCUUUUCUCUUCCCGUUGAAAUUCUUAAACCGAGAUAUUGGUUUUGAAGAAUGUGUUAGCUGCUAAAGUUUGGACAAGAUCCUUUGUGAAAUUUGCACUUUGUUUUGGUACCAUGUUUCCUAAAUUUAACUUGAGAAAUUGUAACUUUGCAUAAAUUUCUGAAUUUGUACUUGUUAAUCUUGCAAACCAGAUACCUCUGAGAUUUUACAUGGUUAAUACUCUUUUGUUACUAUAUGAUCCUUGAGUUGUUCAUUUUUCUUGUC